UGGCCCAAAGGAAAGCAGUUUGGCCCCAGUUUGGCUGCAGGAGUUGCAAGGAGGAGGCGUACAAGGCCAUCCAACCAUCUUAGGGACUCCUUUUCUUUUCCCGAAGAUACCGCACAAGGCAGUGGAAGUUUAGGGCCAGAGUUUUCCUUAUCCUAGCUAGGGUACCUUCCCAGGUUGAUGAGCCCCAUCUGCCCCCUCACUUCCCCCUACAGCAUGAGCAGAAACCACCUACCUUCUUGACUGUUCGACUCACUAUUACUCUUGUCUGCUCAAUCCGCUGGAGCCUGUCUUCACAUGCAGUGGAAGUCCAUAACUCACCAAGGGUUUGAAAACCAUCAGCUGCCCUCAUCUGGAUUAGCCGGCCAGUCGGAGCCAUUUCCUGGGGAGCGACCCCUAUUGCACGUUGACAACUUCUGGAAGCCACAGGUGAGAGCUGAGUGCAGGGUGGGGACCAAAGGUGAUAAACUACCUCAGAAGGAGCAUGAUGUGUCUGCCACCAGAGGUACUACAUUCCGUAUACCCCAAACCCAGUAGAAGUUAUUAAAAAAAUAUAACUCCCUUGUGCUAAACUCAUUUGAAAACCCCAUCUUAGCAGUGUAGGUUAGAGCAAAUGUGAGUCAGAGCAUGUUAAAUGGCUCUUUCAUAAUUUAACAAGGAAUUACAGAGGAUCCACCCCUUCUGGUAACAGCGCACCAAACCAUCAGGGUUGCAGUGUUUUUUAUUGCUUGACUCAUCACCUGUUGUGGGACUGCAGGUGUGCAGGUACCUUCCCAGUUUGAUGAGCCAGUCUGAUGUCCUUUCCAGAAGACUAAUACAUUCUUUUCUUUCUGAAACAGAAUUAAAACUCAGAUUCAAGCAUGAAGAAAUUUAUGGUAGUGGAACCUGUGGUUGCCUUGUUCAUGUUUUUAUAUUCCAUGCCGUUGAUGCAGCAGUAUGUGUAUCGGAAGCUCUGGGAGGAAACCACCAAUUCCACCUUCGAUAAUGACAAUGCUUCUCAUUGCCAUGUGAACGAAAGCGAUCCAACUUUCUUGAAGCAAAAGGAAGUCCAAGAAAAGAUGUCUAUUUUUAUCUUGAAAACAGACCUGUGUGCAGGUGCCCUCAGCAUUUUGGUAGCCUUUGUCGUCGUAGCAAAUGGAGAACGCUGGGGGCGCAAAGUAUCGCUGGUUCUUCCUAUGGUGGGCUGUCUCGUGAGCAGCAUCUUCCUCUGCGCUAUAUCCUAUUUCUCGCUGCCCCUCUCUCUCCUUUUCAUUUCGGCCUUCGUUACUGGGCUGUUUGGAAGCAUAGCAACCUUCCUUGGCGGUGCCUUUGCCUUCAUCGCUGACCUUUGCGAGAAUGAGAAGCAGAAUACCAUCCGAAUAGCAGUGAUCGACUUCAUCCUUGGAGUGUUCUCUGGAUUGGGAGGACUGUCUUCAGGCUACAUUUUAAAAGCUUUGGGCUUUACCUGGACAUACGUGAUGAUGUCACUGCUUCAGGUGGUCAACAUUUUGUACGUUAUGUGUUUCUUGGAUGACACGGUCCGGGUAUCUGAAGUUGAGCCAAAGUCUCUGAAAGAAAAGUUCAAGGAAACCUUUUCUGGAGUUUAUGACUUAUUUCGGAAUUCUUCCUGUAGGAAGCGGACUCUGAUCACAUUGCUGCUUUGUACAUUCAUGACUUACUUGUUCACAAUGAUCGGCGCGCUUUCUCUUUACACCAUCUAUGAACUGAACGCCCCGCUCUGCUGGAAUGCCAUCUACAUAGGAUACGGCUCGGCUGCAUCUACUGCUGUCUCUCUGAUUGGCUUUUUAGGAAUCCUUGUCCUUGUCAAGUACCUAAAGGACUUUUACCUUGUUUACCUCGGGAUCUUCUCUUACGUAGGAGGAGCCGUCAUGGCUGCCUUUGCCACCACUACGUUGCUGAUGUUUUUAGUGAGAGUGCCUUCCCUGCUACUUGCUAUGCCCAUUCCAGUCCUUCGAUCCAUGUUGUCCAAAUUAGUUCUUCCUAAUGAACAAGGAGCUAUAUUUGCUUGCAUCGCCUGCUUAGAGGUCGUGAUGGGGACUCUUGGACUUGUCACGUUCAAUAGUCUUUAUGCUGCCACUGUGGGCUGGUUUCCAGGCUUCUGCUUCCUCUUCUCAGCUGGCCUUUGCAUAAUUCCGCUGAUCACACUGAGCUGGUUUCUGUAUGCCACUUGGCAUGAAUAUCACUUUGCACUACUUAUAAAUGAAGACGACUCCCUUGGGGAGAAUGCUGACAGCUGAACAGAGAAUUUGUCUAAAGGCUAGCCCUCCUCUCCUGUUCUUCUAUCAUGGCCAUACCUGUUGACUCUAUUGGCACAGCUAAAGAAGGAUCUGAUGUGUCCGUUGUUAGAUCUCUACAAGAAUUGACCAUCCCAGGUUUGCUGCUGUCCUUGAUGGUACAUAGGAUGCUGCGCAAAGCGGUAGCAGGGAAGAGAGUCAUGAAUGGUGCUUUCAGUCUGUUGCUAUGCUGGGGUGGGAUUCAAUCACAAACUGGCAAAUUCGCAAUGACAGUUGAUUGGGAGGUCUUGCACAACAAACCUGCUUUCUCAAAACAUCAGGCUUUUUCUCAGUAAGGAAAGUUAUGGGGAAAUGGACUGGAAAGGAUAGGGUUGCUGAACACAACAUUGUCUAGCAUCUCCACGAACAAAUUAAUUAUCACUAAAUAGCCAAUGUAGCAAACAGAUCAGGAAUGAAUGCUCAGUAAACAGAUUGUCUGGAAGCACCCAAAGCACUGCCUUGGUUGAGCUGUUUAAAAGGCAAUAGGCAAUUGGCCGGUGCUGAAACAGGAGUGAUGUCAGAACUGGGAUCAGGCCCUUGAUGUCUUGGUGCACCUGCACAUGGCUGUUAAUGUUUCAGUGCAAUCAGUAGCAGAUAGUGUUGGUGCUGCUGCUCCCCUGAACUCAGGUUGGUUGUCGCUCCUGCUUACUGGAAAGGGCAAGGCGUCACCGUGUUUGGACACAUUUCUGUUCUCUCAUCAUUUUGAAAUGCCCUGGCCUUUGAGUUUCGGAAUUCUGUGACUCCUGUAUUAACCAGACUUUCUUGUGUACACCAGUAAGUCUGUGAUGCCUACCUGCUUGCAGGAAGUGGACAGAUGGGCAGCAGUGACGCUACCUUCUCAGCAAGGAAAUGAUGCACUUAUUUUGCAUGCAGUGCAAUCUUAUGUGUGGCUAUUGAGAAAUAAGCCCAUUGGGUUCAGUAGAACUUACCUACAGGGUUGAACUAUUAUACAGUCGCAGCUUGGUUUUCAAACAGAAUGCAUUCCGGAAGCCCGUUCGAUUUCCAAAACAUUUGGAAACCAAGGCGUGGCUUCCAACUGGCUUCCGAUUGCGCAGGCGCACCGGAAACAAUAGCGGAAGCCGCAUCAGAUGUUCGGCUUCCAAAAAAAGUUCAAAAACCGGAAUACUCACUUCUGGGUUUUGAUCGUUCGGGAGCCAAAACGUACAAGUACCAAGGCGUUUGAAAACCAAGGUACGACUGUAUAUUGAUAUGUAAAUUGAAUUAUCUACUCUUGCAACAGGAAGGUUGUGUUUGUGUUGCAGAGGGAGUUAAGAAUCACAGGAUGGGUUAAGUACUGUCAACAAACCCUAUUUGAGCAAUUGCCUGGAUAAGCCGUGGAGGUCCUACAUAGCUUCCCCAAUUUUUGUGUGACCACAUCUGCAAGCAAGCCCUGUGGCCAGACAAGCUUAAGAAAAUGCAGAAACUGAGCCAAUUAUUUUUAAAAUAAUUCUGAACAAACCUGAUUCUUCUUUACACAGAGGACAGGCAGGUGCCUUGAAUGCAGACAGUCUAUAACAAUGAUUGGCAAUCUUUGCUUGGAAUCUAAGGUAACUUAAGGAACAUAAUGGAAAAAAGGCUCCCAUCUCCUGUUCCACCUCUGUAGCCACCUGACCCUAACCCUAACCCCCUGAAAAAAGCCACUCUGAAAGGUUAUGUCUCCCUCCCGAAUCAUGUAGGAUGGGAUUCUAAGGGCUAUUGGGAGAGCUGGAGAAUCAAUUGGAAUUGGGCUUGGAUCCUAAGUUAAAGAAGUUUAUGGAAAGAAAGGUUCCAUUCUGUUCUUCCACCCAACAGCUCCCCACACCCUGUCCCCCGUUGUUCCGAAAGGGCCGCCAAACCUCUGCAGAGGCUUUCACGAUGGCAGAGGAGAGGAGAGGAGGGGGCAGCCAAUUCCACGAACUUCCAUAAGUUAACCUACUUUAUGAUGCAUACAAUUGUAUAAAAUGCCACUGUGAUUUAUCUUGCACUAUUUUCCUUAAAUUGUUCUACUGGGCCAAAGAAUGGGCGAGUCUUUCAAUUUCAACAUCAGUUUGCAAAUUCUUUCAUUUUAAAAAAAGGUCAGCAUUUUAGUACAAAUUUCUCCUACACGCACAUUGUUGUACGCAAUGUUUUUGCAAGUAGUAUCCACUAAUAUAAUGCAUUUUUAUGCACACUUUACCUAAUUUGUAUGAAUUGCUUGAUUAGAGAUCUGCAUUGCAAAAUUCAAAGAAGUCUGAAUUUCACAAGGUGACUGUAUUUGGUUCAUAUAUUUUCAGGAGUUAGGAAGAUUCGCCUUUAAAUGUGAACCAAGUCCCUCAUUAGCUUGGCCUACCAAUGCACUUAGGUAUACAAAAGUGAGGAUUAAUCAGCAAUGUUUACUGUAUGCUGUGCCCCCCCCCAACAGCACUUUCUGCAGCGGAUAAAAGAUUUGUUGUAAACAAAACAAAAAAGACCCUAAUGUAAUUGUCUAUUUUGUUUAAGGAUUGACUUGUUAAAUUAUUAGGUAGCGUUUCAAUAGGUUCAUUUGAUAGGGUCGGUUCACAUGAAAACGAAGAGCAAGACCUUGCAUGCAGUUCAGGAUAAGCAUGUUGAACCUGUGAAGCCUGCAAUGCAAAAUGUAGCUGCCUGCAGGGUAGACACUACGUAAUGUUUUGGGCUGCAUUUCAACACAGGAUUAGGUGUGCUUAAAGCUCUUUUGAAAUAACUGGAUUUAAAGCUCCUAUCCCGAGCACAAGUGGGCUACCUGUCUGGGUCUCACAUGGCCCUUCCACUUCCUCAAUGUGGAACCCCAGAGUCUGUCAUACCUGCUGCCGCCACCACCAUUGGGGGGGGGGCAGCAGCAGGCAGGUAUUCCUGCUUGUGUGUGGGUCAGGCAUAGUGUGCCACAGAUAUAGAGUGGUGCUUUGGAACUCUAUUCUUGGCCCACACUCUGUGGUUUGGUUGCGUGUGUAGGAAUGCUGGCCAUUUUUCAAACCUCUGGUAGUGCCGAUUGCACUCUCCAGUGAUGGCCGGGGUGGUUCUGCCAGUGAAAUAGUUACAACACAGAGAAAGGCAGGAGCAGAACAGGCUGGUUGGCUAGAUGGGGGGGGGGGAAUGGGGAGGUGGAAGUCUGUGUGUGUGUGUGUGUGUGUGCGCGCGCGCGCGUGCGUGCGGGCCAGCCAAGUAGGGGGAACUUUGCAAGUGAAGGAAUAUGUGUUUUUGUGAGUGAGAGGAUGAAUGAUGGUUGAAUGAAGAGAAAGGAAGAGAGAGAGAGAGAGAGAGAGAGAGAGAGAGAGAGAAGUGCUGCCCCCCUCCCCACACUUUUGGACCACAUUCCAAUGGUGGACAGUUUUCCCCUAAGCAGAGAUGGCCCUAAACCCCCCAAAAACUUUCUGAUAUUCUUGCUGGAAGAAAAGCCUUGUCAAUCAUGUUUUCAAAAUCAAUAAGCUUAAUUUUGUCUCUCCUUGAGCCCUUUAACAUUUUUCUCCCAUCUGGUCUGGAGAAUCUUCCUCAUUUCUUUUUACAACUCUUUUGAGCUCCUGUGAUGGAACCAGAGCUGUGCAUCUAAUUAGUUCACAGUUAAUGUGCUGUAAAGUGUAAUUUUGCACUUUUCAUCUUCGGAGUGCUUGGCAAAUAUGUAAGUCAUUAAUCUUCUCGAUGCUGCUCUGAGGCAGGUACUCUUUGCCAACUUCACCUUCCACCUCUGGGUGGGCAACCUUUUAAUAUCGAACUUGUCUCAGGGCCACAGAGCAAAUUAAUAUUAGGGAUUGAGAUGAUAAAACUGCUUCUGCCACUUGGGUUUAUAUGCUCUAUAAUGACAGUAUGUAUAGAGAAUGCCAUUCAAUGGCAUCUCCCCCCCCCCCCCCGCAGCAUAAAAUAUGUUGUUAGCAACACCUGGCGAGUUUUUCAUAUCGCUAACAUUUAGGAUGUUAUUUCCCCUCUUGCCAUAUAUUGCUUUGCGGUAUCAUGAAGCGCUGAGGUGCUUUCAUGCUGAUGGUUUUAUGAGAGUUCCUUAGUGACUUCUAAUGCUCCCUCUCAGUCUCUGUGAUCCACACACCCCUCUUCCCCAUAGAUCAAAUUAGAUGUCCAUGGGAAGAUUGUGAUAUGUCUCUGAAAGGGUUUUUAAUUAACCCUGACUGCCGUCAGGAGUGAGGAAACAGCGGGGUGGGGGGGCACUUCUCUUUCCUGCAGUUUGUCCACUUAGAAUUUAUUUCCCCCAGUUGCUUAUCUCCCUGUGAGGGAAAAAUAUCUGGGGACUCAUCCAUUCAGGUGGUUUAUACAAUGUGUGCUGUUGGAAUGAUGUUUUAUGUUCUUUGGGGGGGGGGUUGUGUCCAUGAUAUUGCUGUGCUUUAUUUUAAUGAACUAACAUUCAUUAAUUCGGGUAACCUUUGGGUUGAAAGCUUGGUUAUAAAUCCAAUUAGUAAUAAUAUCAUCUUUUCCUACCCUCUUCCUUCACUCAGACUGCAGCCUUACCUAGCAAAUUCCAUUUUUUUAAGUCAGGAGACUGAUUGAUGUUAUCUCCUAUGUAAUGUCUGCUACACCCCACCCCACCCCAAUUGUGAAGGUUGCAGAUUGUUUGGGGUCAAGGUUGGUGAAAGCUGCCACAGACAGCUAUGGAACAAAAGAAAGGACUGUAUUUUCUUCGAACCACCACCAGCAGCAAGACUGCAAGCUUGCUGGAGAGAUACUGCACUGAAGCUGACUGUUGUGGCUGAAGACAGGCUCUGUAAUAACUUCUGGCACUAAUUACUCAGGACAAAGCUGCUUUGUCAAAGUUAAUAGCUGCUUGGGUGGAAAUGGUAAUAGCAAUUCACUGACCAGAGAACUUUCACUUUCCUCCUUUUGUGAGAGGUUGUCUUAUUGUCUUAUAGCAAAAGCCGCUCUCCACCCAAGGAGUCUGGGCCUGGAGUUGGCUUCACAUUAACUCAAAGUGAAAGUUCACGAGAAGUUCUGUUAUCUUGAUCUGAUAGCACACAAGAGUGAACAAGAAAGUAUUUUAUCUGAAAUGGCCUUCUCCAAGCUGGUGCCCCCAGGUGCUUUGUAUUCCAGCUCCCAUCAUCCCUGACCACUAGCCAUGCUGGCUGAGGCUGAUGGGAGUUGUCGCUUGAAACAUCUAGCACUAGGUUGGCAGGAGGCUAUUGCUAAUGCAUCUAGAGAAGGAACUGAUCAUUUUGGCUAGAGAUCAGAAAAUGUGUGCUUAUGGGGGGAUUUAUAAAAAGAGCGUAAGAACAAACAAUUGCUUUUAGACUAGUGUAAUUGUAGUAGCUUACUGCAAAGAAUCUUGGGAAUUAAAAUAUGCUGAGCAUAUUCAGAUCUGUAUUGUCCUUCAUGAAACUAGCCCUCAGGAUUUCCUAAGGAAACCAAAUGAUUUAGCAAUCCCAUGAAUAUUUGUCUACUCAGAAGUAAAGCACAUUGACUUCAGUGAGACUUAUUCACAGGUAUAGGUGCAUAAGAAUGCAGCCUUAAACUGGUCUGUAUCUGUAGUGUGCAGACACUCAAAACUUUAUGGAACUGGAAGUUUUUAUACAGUGGUUGCCCAAGUUAAUCUUUGCACUGAUUCUGACUCUAAGACUGAGCUGCCUUGGGAGUGUGUGUUUUACAAUAAUCAUGACAAUAUUUGCACUACUUUCUUUGACUGACUUUUAUUUGUGUGUAUAAUGUAUAAUGAAUGAAAAUAUUGAGAUAAAUAAAACAUUUUUUGAACGACA